AUGUUCCUAGCUACUGCCAAGGACAUUUGGGAUGCGAUCCAACAGACGUACUCUAAGGCGAGAGAUGCAGCCCAAGUAUACGAGGUCAAGGUGAAAACUGUUGCUGCUAAUCAAGGAGAUAAAACUGUUACUGAGGUGAUAAAGACCAAGUGUCCCGAAGAUGCUGCUAUUCUCAAGGAUUUCAUAGAACAAGAUCGAGUCUAUGAUUUUCUUGUUGGACUCAAUCCAGAAUUUGACCAAGUGCAAAUCCAGAUUCUUCGCAAGCAAGAAGUUCUAUGCUUUAAUGAGGUGGUGGCAUUAAUUCGAGGAGAGGAAAGCAAAAGAUGCAUGAUGCUUAAUCCACAGAACAUGGACAGCUCGGCUAUGGUGGCUAGCAGUGGUAACAAUUCAACCACAAAUAUGGAAAAAGUAUUAGUUUCUGGCAAUGGAAGAUCUAGUCAACCAAAGACUCAAAAUCGUGACUACAAGGACAACUUAUGGUACACUUAUUGUAAGAAGGCAUGCCAUACCCAUGAGCGGUGCUGGAAACUACAUGGAAAACCACCAAGUCGAGAAGGGGGCAAAAGGGAGAACAACCAAGUAAUAAUGGUCAGGCCCAUGUUACAACAGUACAACAGAAUGAAGCAACACCGCAAGAGAUAG